AUGUCCGCCGUACCCUCGCUCCCCGAGUCACUGUCAGCGAGGAGCAACACCACCCCACCUGACGAUGCCCUCCUCCACCGCAUCGACUCCGCCAACAAUGCCACCAACGGCGUGACCAGCCAUCCUCCUCACAAACCCACCACCACGACCACCGCCGCCAAGACAUCUUCUUCCCCUCCCACCACCUCCACCUUCACCCUCCACCAAGCGCCCGUCGAGAACCAGCGCCCGCUCCGUGUCAUCGUCGUCGGCGCCGGCUACUCAGGCGUAUACCUAGGCAUCCGCAUCCCCGAGCGACUGCGCAACGUAUCGCUACGCAUCUACGAGAAAAACGCCGGCAUCGGCGGCACGUGGUGGGAGAACCGCUACCCGGGCUGCGCGUGCGACAUCCCGUCGCACUCGUACCAGUACUCUUUCGCGCCGAACACGCAGUGGAGCAGCCUGUACGCGCCUGCCGCCGAGAUACAGCGGUACAUUGAGCGCACGGCGCGCGAGUACGGGGCGGAUCGGUUUAUUAAGCUGGGGCAUGAGGUGAAGGAGUGUAGGUUUGAUCGGGGGAGGGGCGUGUGGAGGGUGGAGGUGAGGGAGGGGGCGACGGGGAGGGUGUUUGUGGAUGAGGCGGAGGUGCUUGUGAGUGCGAGGGGGAAUCUGAAUACGAUGGCGUGGCCGGAGAUUGAGGGGUUGGGGAGCUUUGGGGGGGAGGUGAUGCAUUCGGCGAAGUGGAAUGAGAAGUACGACUUCACGAACAAGCGCGUGGGCGUCAUUGGUGCUGGCAGCAGUGCUAUCCAAAUAAUACCGAGCCUGCAGAGGCUCCCUGGGACGCAGCUCUCGUGCUUCAUCCGGAGCAGGACUUGGAUAUCCCCACCAUUUGGUCAAGAGAUGUGGGACAAGCUUGGCCUUACCAGCUUCAUAAUCCCCGACGAGCUCAAAGCCAAAUUCCAAUCCGACCCCUCGCACUACCACCAAUUCCGCCUCGCCGUCGAAGAAGACGCCAACUCCAUCCACGCCGUCACCAUGCGCGGCACAUCCAUGAACCUCGGCGCCAAGAAGGCUUUCGAGGACAACAUGCGCCAGCGCCUCGCCGCCCGCCCGGACAUCUUCGCCUCCUUGCUGCCGUCCUUCUCCCCGGGUUGCCGCCGCUUGACGCCUGGCCCGGGCUUCCUCGAAGCCCUGACCCAGCCCAAUGUUGAAUUUGUGAAUGAGAGUAUCGCGGCGAUCGAGCCUCGUGGCGUCCGCACGAAGGAUGGCGAGCUGCACGAGAUCGACGCCCUCGUCUGCGCCACGGGCUUCCACGUGUCGGCGCCGCCGCCGUUUCCUGUCAUCAUCGAAGAAGGAACUAGUGGUGGUGGUGGCGCUGUCAGAAGCAACAACGGCGCCGCCGAUGGCGUAGACCCAGCCGCCAAGCCCACCACCACCACCACCACCACCACCAGCGGGACCCGGACUCUCCACUCCCACUGGCAGCACCGCGCAACAUCCUACCUCAGCCUCGCGACCGACGGCUUCCCCAACCUCUUCAUGAUGCUGGGGCCCAACAGCGCCAUCGGCUCGGGCAGCCUGACGAUGAUGAUCGAGAGCACGGGCGACUACAUCGUCAAGUGCGUGCGCAAGAUCCAGCGCGACAACAUCCGCAGCAUGGCCGUCUCCGCGCGCCGCGUGCGCGACUUCACGCAGUACGUCGACGCGUACUUCGAGGGGACGGUCUUCGUCGAGGAGUGCAGGAGCUGGUAUCGGAGUGAGGAGGGGAAGAUCACGGGGCUGUGGCCGGGGAGUACGAAUCAUUGUAUUGAGGCGUUGAGGAGUCCGCGGUGGGAGGAUUGGGAGUACGAGUAUGUGGGGGAGGGGGAGGAGGGGGAAGAGGUUAAUCGGAUGGCGUGGUUGGGGGAUGGGUGGAGCCAGAAGCAGAGGGAUGGGGUGGAUUUGGCGUUUUAUUUGUAUCCAGAGUUCUUGGAUAAGCCGGUGCCGGGGAGGCCGGAGGAGAAGGAGGUGUAUAAGGUGAGGCCGUUCUCGUACUGA